CUGUUAUUAAGCGCGUGGGCCCACUCAAUGAGAGGGCUGGUUGUUAGGCUGCAGUUGGCAGGCUGCUGCGGGAGGCGGUGGCGGUAGGAAGCCCGAGGCUGCGGGGUGACAGAGUUGGAAAAUAUUUAACUCUCAACAAAUGAAUUCCACACUUGAACUGUGCCGUAUUCCUGUGCCACCUCCUCCUUUAGAAAACUGAUCUUAAGACAGGUAAAAGAAGACUGGAGGGAAGAUGCUGGGGUCCGAGCGGGCUGUCGUGGGGGAGUGGCUGUCAGAGUUCAAGGCGUUACCUGACACUCAGAUCACCAACUAUGCAGCAACUUUACACCGGAAAAAAGCGCUGGUUCCCGCACUCUAUAAAGUUAUUCAGGACUCCAAUAACGAGCUCCUGGAGCCUGUCUGCCACCAACUGUUUGAGCUCUACCGCAGCUCUGAAGUCCGACUGAAGAGGUUCACACUGCAGUUCUUGCCUGAGUUGAUGUGGGUGUAUUUGCGACUCACAGUUAGUAGAGACAGACAGAGCAAUGGCUGCAUCGAAGCGCUCCUCCUAGGAAUUUAUAAUUUGGAAAUUGCUGAUAAAGAUGGAAACAAUAAAGUGCUGUCUUUCACUAUCCCUUCCUUAUCCAAGCCUUCAAUAUACCAUGAACCCUCAACAAUUGGAUCCAUGGCUUUAACAGAAGGGGCAUUAUGUCAGCAUGAUCUCAUCAGGGUUGUUUACAGUGAUCUUCAUCCUCAGAGAGAAACAUUCACUGCACAAAACCGGUUUGAAGUCUUGAGUUUCCUCAUGCUGUGCUAUAAUUCUGCUAUUGUAUAUAUGCCUGCCUCAUCGUACCAGUCUCUCUGUCGAAUGGGUUCCAGGGUUUGUGUGAGUGGAUUUCCAAGGCAACAUGAGAAACAGUGGAAAGAAAUCUGUGGUCGAAUAGUAUUAGAUCCUGAAUUUAUGGUGCAACUUCUCACAGGAGUUUACUAUGCCAUGUAUAAUGGACAGUGGGACCUUGGCCAGGAAGUACUUGAUGACAUCAUUUAUAGAGCCCAGCUAGAACUCUUUUCUCAGCCACUCUUGGUUGCCAAUGCCAUGAAAAACUCGUUACCAUUUGAUGCACCUGAUUCUUCACAAGAAGGCCAGAAGGUGCUUAAAGUGGAAGUCACUCCGACAGUGCCGAGGAUCUCUCGGACUGCAAUUACAACAGCUUCAAUCCGUCGUCACAGAUGGAGACGAGAAGAUGGCUUUGACUUCUCAAACGAGGCUGACUCGAGUAUUCCUGGCUCCCCGAUCCAACACGGCUCCACUGACCUAGGGAUCAAACGUGUGCAAGAGGGGGAGGUGCGCAGGACCCCUGAGCAUGGCUCGCCGGAGCCCAACUCGGCAGCAGCCACAACAGAGGGUGCUGAGGGUCUAAAUGGAGAAGAGGCUUUAAACAUGAACGAUGCAGACGAAGGGUUUUCAUCAGGGGCUUCUCUCAGCAGCCAACCACCUGGGACCAAACCGUCCUCCUCUUCUCAGAGGGGAAGUUUACGGAAAGUAGCGACUGGGCGGUCCGCCAAAGAUAAAGAAACAGCAUCUGCCAUCAAAUCCAGUGAGAGCCCUCGAGAUUCAGUAGUUCGCAAGCAGUUUGCACAACCAGCCGAUCUUAGCCUAGAUUCCGUCGAGCUGACGCCGAUGAAGAAACACCUGAGCCUGCCUGCUGGCCAGGUGGUGCCAAAAACCAAUAGUUUAAGUCUCAUCCGGACAGCCAGUGCUUCCUCCAGCAAGUCAUUUGACUAUGUGAACGGCAGCCAAGCAAGUACCAGCAUUGGGGUUGGCACUGAGGGCGUCACUAAUCUAGCAGCUACAAAUGCUAAUCGAUACUCAACUAUCAGUCUACAAGAAGACCGGCUAGGUCAUGCUGGUGAAGGAAAAGAGCUUCUCAGCCCAGGAGCCCCCUUAACCAAGCAGUCUCGAUCCCCGAGUUUCAAUAUGCAGCUAAUAUCCCAGGUGUAGUUUUGAUGUCCCCUCAUUCUACUGACCUUGUAGACUGAACAUUUCAUUGUGCAAGACACUUCAUCCCACAUUGUGAAAAAAAUGUCACUGUAAUCAGAUCUGGUUUAGCUUAGGUAUCUUCCUACUGUAUUUUGUAUGGAAACAGCAAUAAGGUUUUCUUUUUCCUUGAACCUCUCUCCACUUAUUCCUUGUAAAUGUGUUUGUGACGCAGUGUAAGAUGUUUGCCUUUUCCACGCCUUCCUUUCUCCUUGGGUAAUGUGCAAUCCAUCGUAGGCUGAUCGGUCCCAUUUCAACACUGUGAGACUGAGGAUAUGUUAGAGGAAAUGGUGUAUAUGAUCCCUAUGAAGUGAUUCUUUGGCUUUUGUUUAAAAACAAAACGGGUUUGUUCACAUAAUCUAUAGAACUAUGAAGAUAACUGGAUCAUAUUUUUUUCUCUCUUAACCAGGAGUGCCUCAGAGAUUCUGCUAUGACUUUGGACUUCUCUGAGUCUGUGCAAUUUUAUAUUCUUGAGAAGCAUGGGGGAAGGUGGUGGACUACUGCAAUUUUUCAUUAAAAUGAGGCUAGCUGCACCCCCUUUCCUUUAUCCCAAGGACAUAGAUGUUUAAUUAUUGAGGCAUUUAAAUUAACUUGUGACCACCUCCAUUGGAGGCCGGGGCUCUAAGUUGAUUGUGUAAUUGAUAAUGCACUUUCUCAAUGGCUCUCUAGUCAUUAACAACAUGUCUUCCCUCUUCCCACAAGGACUUGAGGACAUUUCUGCCCUUAAAGUUUGAACUAGCAAAUCAGAGACUCCAAGGGGCAUGUUCUAUUUCCUAGGAACGAUUGACACUUUGGUGCUGGGGUUGUGUGGGGGGAAGGGUGUUCUUCGUUUAGUUUGUGUGAGAUUGUAUGUGAGGUGACGUUAUAAUUGUUUUCUUUUUUUCCUUUGUGAGUUGAUAAUGACUGAAGUAGAAGCUGUACGUCUUCAGGUAAAGAGAGGGAUUUCUCAGUCCACUUUCUGUGAUGUCAGACUAUUGGAGAAACCCUUUCAGCUGCUUCCUAGAUGUACCUAAAUUCAGUCAGAUAUUGGAUAAAGAUACCUAAAGUCCUGAGAUCAUAUACUCCGAGGAAAUACAUCAGGGACAGAUAAUUGGUUGAAAACACUGAUGCUUCAAUGUGACACAUUUUUAUAGAACAUUUCUACCAGAGGGUACUGACUUGAUUUCUCCACAAGGACCACACUGCCUUUGUGUUUAAUGCAAUUUGUGAAUCUUCUGAUUAUCUGCAAAGUUUCUCGUUUUUAUAAAACUUUGAAAUCAUGCCAGUAAGCUAGAUGUUGAAUGUAUGUAAGUAGCAUUUGGUAACUGCUAAGAGGCUACGACAAUACACUAUUGGUUUAAAUUUUUUGGUUAUGAUUUGGUUGGAUAAGACUUUCUUAUAUCUCUUCUGGGUCUCAGGCUUUGUUUGAAAAAGAAGGGAAUAUAUUGGGAUUUUGAAAAUCAGUAUUGUGACUUCGACCACUAUCCAUCUAAAGACAUCAGUUACACAUGCCCUUGUACAUGUAGACAUUUUAUGUAUUAUUGUGAAAGAAAAAUAUACUGCCUUUAUUGAAAGCAAGUGUUCUCUUAAUUGACAAAGUUGUGUUCUCUCUAUUUACAGUAGAAUUUGAUAAAUUAACCAGGAAAAUGCCUCUCAUUUUUUUUUCACACAUAAACCACCACCACUUUUGGAAGAGUUGUUUGUGUGUCUGUUUGUUUAGGGGGCCUUGUGUUAGACUCAUCCUUGAUUGGACUUGGUGGUCUAUAAAUUUUCAGCUCCCAGCAAAUGGAAAACUAGAACCUCAGCUAUUAGCCACAUCAUUGCCAAAAUUUGGAGUAAAGCUAAAAGCUGAUACAUGAUUUAUUGAUUUUUAUAAUAUGCAUAUAUGCAAUUAUCACAGACACAUUUUAGUCCUAUUUCUACUAAUUUAACUAAGUGACAUAAAGUAAACUAUAAAACAUUGUAAAACAGUGAAAACUAGUGAAAUAAAAUGAUUUUCUGACAUACUAAACAACAGGUUUCUAGUGCGUAAAGGGAGGUGUUAGUGAUUGUGUAGUGAAACACACCUGGGUUAGUAAAAGGCUAAUGGGCUCAAGUGCACGUAUAUUGGCAUCUAAGUCAAGCAUUUUAGUUCAAGCACAAAAGAAUACCAAAUAAUUUGAAGUUAUAGCAUAAACUGUAGUAGAUACAAGAAAAUGUCCUUUAAUUAGAAAUGUUAUAACUGUAAAGUUGGUUUUAAGAUAUUUUCCAGAGCCAGGUAUAGUGGUGACACCUUUAAUCCCAGCACUCUGGGAGGUAGAGGCAAAUGGAUCUCUGAGUUCGAGGCCAGCCUGGUCUACAGAGCAUGUUCUAGGACAGCCAAGGCUACACAGAGAAACCCUGUCUUGAAAAACCAGAAGAAGAAAAAAAGUUCUUUUCAUCUUAAGAGGCUUUCAUUUAUUGGUAUGUAUAGAUUUUGUAUAUACAUCCUGAUUAAUAUUUCACCACCCUGUAACAUUUGAAUCCUAUUCUUUGGGCUGUGAUUCAGUCUCAAUAAAGAAAUCCUUCAUUUAUUCUUUAUAGCCAUGGUCUUAGAAAAAAAUUCCUUUAUAACAUAAUAGUUCAAAUGAAAUGAGUUACACCAACUGUCCAAUUUUCUAAGAAUCAUUCUAACCACUGUGUGUUAGCAACACCUCAUUUAAAAUGGUUUUCGUUCAGUUGCACAGCACCUGUUAGAAAUGUAAGCCAGAAAUGUCCAUUCUUUGUCCUUUAACAACUUCCCUUUAAUACUCCUCAGCUUUCAUAAAGCUUCAUCCCACCAACAGAAAAAGACAUUUAGUGAAAAGUGUUUGUUUUAUAUAAUUUUUAAAAAAUGAUUGGUGCCAUCUGUGCUAGGUCAAAUUAAGGAAUACAGCAUCUGAAGGUUUAGGAGUUCUUCUUUGUGACUUUAAAUUAAUGUUAUUAAUAAGAAAACUAAAAUGUAAAGUAAAAAGUUGACUUAGAAGUAAGGUUUUUAAAUAUGAAAAUAUAUUAAGAAUCCAGGGAGGUAACAGGUGUCGUUUAAAGUCUUACUCCUUUACUGUUCCAUGCCUGUGUAUUGCAGAUCAGAAUUUCUGUGCGAGGAGAAACCCUAGAGAUAAUUUAGCUACUUUCUCUCCCGUACACAUACAUCCAUCCUCAGGAAACUGAGGCUCAAAGAGGUUGUGAAAUAAAGUCCAUAACUAAGAAGCAGAGCCAUAAUCGAACCUUGUCCCUAGUCAAAUGCAUAUCCACACCCCACUGCUUCCUGUUACCCACACUUUGGUAGAUAUGUAUAUAACACUUUUCCAUUUCUGCAGUUUCUUUAUGUUUCUGGUCUAGUGGUUGGUGAACACAUUAAGAAAAGUAUUAAUUCCAGAAAAAAAAUGUACAAUACUAAAUACAGAUGGGGAUGUGUUCAAAUGUAGGUAUCUGUGUAGCACAUUACUCUUUUCUAAUUCAUGCCUUAUGAAUUCUCUGCCACAUAACAGUUAUAUGCUGCCAUGUUAUUUGUAUUUGUGGGGGUUUGUUUAAAUGUAAAAUAAACCCAAUGAAAUGA